UCCUCCAAAUUGUUUCUCACUUUCCUAAGUCCCGGGGUGGGAAAAGAGAAAAACAGAUGGGAGCGGACGAGGGAAGGGGAAAUUCCAGGCCCCCCCAAGAGGAGCGAGCGAGGCAGCUGGACCUGAAAGUGACGUCAUAAACUCGGUAGGGGGGAGGAAAUCUGGCCCUUUUGCACCUCGGAAAUGUACGAUGUCGUCAUACUCGCUCUGCUAGUUCCUGUCAGGUUCCUUGGAAAUCCGGACACAGUGCGCUGCAACCCACCGAUUUUUUUCCCUCUGGGAGUGGGCUCGGUGGUGCUUGGGUCUCGGCGGCUGACUGAGAGAGAAAAUUAUUCCCCACUCCACAUACGGAUCGUGCCGAUGUGUGAGGGAUGCUUUUUUGUCUCCACUUGUGGUAAUUUUGCUCCCAGUUUAGCGCCGUUUGGUCUGCAGGAAGGGGCGUAUUGGCGGUAUUCCAAUUACAUACCGUGCUUACGCCUUACGAACGCCGAACCGCUGGGCGGUGGGUAUCGUUGGUAUCAGCUCGUAUUGUCUUGGCCGGGGGCGCCCAGUGGUGCUGGAAUGAAUGCCUGAGGGUUCGGGACGACUCCUCAUGGAAUGAGACAUUGGAAAUAAAGGCGUGAAGCAGUUUUGGCUGC